AUGGAGGCGUCACCGGCGGCAACCCCAGCCGAUAACACUGCUCCUUCAGAGGAGGUUUACACUUCUGUUUUCUGAACAAGGGAAAUCUUCUUUUUUUUUUCGUUCAGAAACAAGACGAAGCUUUUCAUUAUUCUCGCGAUCAGGUGGGAUUUAUUUCUAGAAAAAUUUCCUAUUCCUGGAAUCCGUUUAUUUCUUGAAGAUGAUGUUCUACGCGGAAUCGCCGCUGACGCAGUUGCGACCGGCCUCGUUCCGCGAGGUGAUCACGUCGACGCCGGACGUUCUGAAGUCGCCGCCGACGGCACGACUGACGGCCUCCGACGCGGCUAUUCGCCUCGCCACGGUGUCGCCGUCGCAGAGACGCCCCGUCGCCAGCUUUCUCAAAUGA